AUGGACCCAAUUCUGCCGAAAGCUUUGAAGAGAGGAGACAAGAUAGCCUUUGUCUCUCCCUCCGCGCGCCUUAAUGACAUCCUACCGAUUCCUCUCGCCCGAGGGAAAACCUACCUAGAGUCUCUAGGCUUCCAGGUGCAGAUUAUCUUCUCGAAAGAGACAACAGCCACAAUCACGGAAUCUAUUCGCGUUCGAUGCGAUGAGAUUCAUGCCGCAUUUCGUGAUGACACGAUAGCCGCCAUUAUUUGCACGAUUGGUGGCGAACACGCUAAUGAACUGCUGCCUUUUCUGGAUUAUUCCCUUAUUCGAUCCAAUCCUAAGAUCUUCGUCGGGUAUAGUGACACCACCUUCCUGCAUUAUGCAAUUCAAGCCCGGACCGGCUUGCGCACAUUUUACGGACCAAGUGUUCUCACAGAUUUCUCCGAUUUUCCUAAGCCCAUGCAAUUCACAGUCGACCACUUUCUUCGUGUUCUAAACGAGGCGGGCACGUCAGUUGGUCCACUUCCUCGAUCGCCUAUCUGCUCGAAGGAACAUAGCGACUUCUUGUUCGGUCAUGAGACGCUCGACAAGCCACGCGAAACCACCGAUUCACCCUCGUGGAGAUGGCUUCGGGGAGGUCAAGCUACUGGACAUCUAUACGGGGGUACUGUAACUUGUGUCGUGCGACUUCAAGGAACUCCCUACGCCCCUGUCUCGUGGAAAAACAAGAUUCUCUUUCUUGAGUCCUCGAUGGGCGACGACAUACAGCUGCCGUAUUCUGUGUCCAAGUUCCGGAAUAACCUUGUCGACCUUGCUCUAUGUGGCAUACUGCAUGAGAUUCGCGGACUGAUCAUUGGGCGAGGAUACAAAUACGAUACCUCCAUGCAGGAUGAGCUUGCAAAUGUGAUCAAUGAAGUUUUCAAUGUGGUUGUUGGUCGAAGUCUUGAGGAGCAGCUACCGAUCUUGAUGAACGUCGACUUUGGCCACACGAGUCCGUUGCUGACUUUACCUAUCAACGCACUGGUCAGAUUAGACUGCGAUCUCGAUGAGUUUAGCGUUGUGGAACCUAGUGUCCGGGCAUGA